AUGAGUGGCACAGAGGUUGGGGUUCCCAUCGAGAGCUCUGGCAGCAAAGAUAUUUCAGCAAAGAUAGAGAUGUUGGAGUCAGCAUCCUCGAGCUCCCCGGACUUGGGAUUCGAUCUGAAGGCUACCAAGAAGCUGAUCAGGAAAAUUGAUUGGACGCUUCUCCCGUUCCUGGCGCUUCUCUACCUUCUCAGCUUCCUUGAUCGCACCAACAUUGGAAACGCUCGACUUGCUGGCCUUGAGAAGGAUCUCGGAAUGGCAGGCUUGGACUACAACGCGGCUCUUGCAAUCUUCUUUCCUUUCUAUGUCCUCGUCGAGCCGCUGUCCAAUAUCAUGAUGAAGCGGACACGGCCCUCGAUUUGGAUUCCUUCUAUCAUGGUUGCUUGGGGAGUCUGUACAACUCUCAUGGGACUUGUUCAGAAUUUUACAGGUCUUCUUGUUGCUCGUGCUGCUUUGGGUAUCGCAGAAGGAGGCCUAUUUCCCGGAGUGAACUUUUAUAUCACCAUGUGGUACAAGCGCCAUGAGUGCGGUUUAAGGAUGGCUAUCUUUUACUCUGCAGCUACGGCGGCUGGAGCUUUUGGCGGUCUUUUGGCCCGUGGGAUCAUCGAAAUGGAUGGAGUUGGUGGGAAAUCAGGAUGGUCGUGGAUUUUCAUCCUCGAAGGCCUUUUGACAUUCAUCAUUGCUAUCAUUGCAUUUUGGGCCAUGCACGACUACCCUUCCACUGCGAAGUUCCUCACUCCAGAGGAGAGGCACGAGGUAUCUCGCCGCCUGGAACAAGAUCGAAGCUUCCUUGCCGACGAGUUCAACAUGAAAUACUGCCGGGAUGCUCUCAAGGACUGGAAAAUCUGGGUUCACAUGUUCAUUACCAUUGGCAUUUAUACGCCCGUGUAUUCAGUUUCACUGUUCUUGCCCACCAUCGUGAAGACUUUAGGUUAUACAAACGAAGCAGCGCAGCUCAUGACUGUCCCGCCAUAUAUUGUGGCCUGCUUCUGCUGUAUCACGGGGGGCUAUGCUGCCGACAAGCUCAAGAGCCGCGGGUUCUUUAUGAUCGGCUUCAGCUGCGCGGCUUUGCUUGGGCUUGUCUUACUCAUUUCAUCCCAAAACCCUCACGUCAAAUAUGCCGGGUGCUUUUUCUUCGUGGCUGGAACUUAUCCAAUGGUCCCCCUAGGUCUUGCUUGGAAUGGCAACAAUAUUGGCGGCUCCCUGAAGAGAGCAGUUGGUAUAGCGAUGCACGUCGGUUUUGGCAACCUCGGUGGCACCAUUGCUGGGUUCAUCUAUCUGCAAUCCGACUCUCCCAAGUUCACAAAGGGCCACGCCAUCUUGAUCGCAAUGCUCAGUGCAAGCACGUGCCUGCAGAUCUUCAUGACCGCUUAUCUUCGACACGAAAACGCCCGCCGCGAUCGCGAGUACAAACCCUUGGAUCAAUACACGGAGCAGGACAAGGCCGCGGAGAGGGAGAAGGGCGACAAUGCUACCUUCUUCCGCUACACCGUUUGA